UGUCAGUGUCAGUGGCAGUGGGGGAUUCUCUUUCUCCUGCCAGUUGGAGACUUAUGCUCAUGCCGGUAUAUGUGAUAUGUUCUCACUUUUCAUUGUGUUUCCUACCCGUUGAAAUCAAACCACCACGAAAUUUCCAAGGACUCAAUUUUAAAGCGUCAAAAAAGUCCGGAAAUCAGACAGAUUGCGGGCAUCAAUUAUUCCCUGAGCGUCGCAGAGGUCUUUUGCAUAAUGGAUAACGUCUCUGUGUCGAAGGGAGUAUUUGCGUACAAAGGCAAUUAUAGAAUUGGCCAAAAGAAACGAAAAAUCAAUGAUGAUGUGCCAAUUGAUGAGCCCUGGUACGAGGCGUACACAGAUGCUUGGUCCAUUAUAAAAAAUGCAGCAGAGGAGAUCAACGUCAAUAUGUUCAGGCAAAUUCUCUCAGAUUUCCAAUCUUAUGUAUCUGAUUUAAAUCACACGAGAGAAGAUAAUUUUCUAGGAGAAAUUGCAACCGCUAUUUUAUUAACAGGUGUGAAUCUGCCUGAUCACGACGUUUUAUUCAGCAAAUUAGCGUCAAAGAUAUCCACGAUAACAGAGCACAUCGCAAUAAUUCCAUCGAGAGACUCGGGAAAUAUGAAAAGCUUAACCGAGGAGACUGUCUUUCAGCUGAUUAAUAAAUCCAGUGAGAAGGAGCGUCCAGAGAUACGAAGAAAUCAAUGCACAUUUAGAGCUCUCGAGUGGUGGUACAAACAGAAACACAAUGAAGACCCUCCACUAGUGGUUAUCAUACCGGACUUUGAAAGCUUCAAUCCUAUUGUACUGCGGGAUUUUAUCCUCGUGCUGAGCUCGUACUCAAGGACCAUAAAAUUCAUUCUCGUAUUCGGGGUUGCUACAACUUUACAUGCCGUCCACAGAUCUCUCUCCUAUGAUGUUACGUCAAAGUUACGUGUAAAGGUUUUCCACACACAAACGCAGAUUACGAGUUUAUCGGAUGUUCUUGAGGGUACUGUGUUAUCCGGUAAAACAUCGUUUAUGUUGACGGGCAGAGCAUUUCAAUUGCUGACGGAUAUAUUUCUAUUUUACGAUUUCUCGGUUCAUGGAUUUCUCCAAGGAUACAAGUUAUGCAUGAUUCAACAUUUUUAUGGCAACAACCUAACAGCACUGUGCUGCAAUUCUCAAGACAUUGAUAAACGAAUGGCGAGCCUCAACGAGGAAGACAUAAAAGAAUUGAGGAAACUCCCAUCAAUAGUCAAGUACAUCGACAAGUUGAAAAAGGAUAGAAACAGUGAUAUGAACGAGGAGGAGUUUAAAAACAUCAUUGGAAAACUUUUGAGGGAGUUUCAUAAUGCCAUGAGUGGAUUUUUUACCAUCCUCAAGUGCCUUCAUUCACUGACUCACUCACUUCCCGGUGCACCACUGGGAAAACAACUUCGGGAAAUUUAUGCUAACGCCGUCACCUGCGACAUUGUGGAGACACAGGAGUACAAAGAGUCCCUGCAACUCCUGGGGUUUCUCUCCAAGACUGAGCUGUUGGAGAAACUGAGGGAAAUUUUGGAAAUUGUGGGGAAUGGCGAGGUGUUCGAGUUGAAUGAGAUUCGAAAGAAGCUUGAGAGACACUUGGAGAUUAUUGAGCAGGCCAGCCUUGAGGUGGAGGAAUCUACGCAGACCGUCAGCAUGAGUGACAAACUCAACAGACAGCAGUUCAAAGAGAAAUUACUCAAGAUGUCCCAGCAGCAAUCCAGGUCACCCUACAAACAAGCUCAAAUUGAUCUGAUGGAGUACCUAGACCACGAUGUAUUCGCCCCGUACUUGGUAAAUCCGAAUCGCCUGGCAACCAGUGAAAUAUUCUGUUUCAGUGAUGCUAAUGCAGCCAAGCAUCAUCUCAGAGGUUCUCUCAGAGCAGCUGUACACACAGGGCUGAACGAUCCUCAGGUUUACCUGAAUUGUGGUUGCUGUAAAUUAGAGAACGAGGAGACGAUUCAGCAGACUCUACCUGACACCAGUAUUAUUUACAAGCUGCAUUUGGAGUCCAGGAAACUGAUCAAUAUGUACGACUGGCUGCAGGCUUUCCUCACAAUCGUCAGUCCCAAGGACGAUGCCGAGGAGCAGAGGGAGAUUGAUCCAAAAAUGCAAGCGCGCUUCACUCGAGCAGUUGCAGAGCUUCAGUUUCUCGGAUUCAUCAAGUCAUCGCGUCGAAAGACAGAUCAUGUCAAACGUCUCACAUAAUUAUCCAACAUUGUACUGUCUUGCGCCUUUUUCAUGCAUUUUUAUUAAAUAAAAA